AUGGAAAUACUAAUACUUGGAAAAAAAGACAGAGUCACCCCAUUACACCUUGCUGCACGAAAUGGUCAUAAGAAGAUGGUGGAAGCAUUGCUUGGAAAAGGUGCUGCUGUUGAUUCAAGGGAAGAAAACAAAUGGACCCCAUUACACUUGGCUGCACAAAAUGGCCAUAAAGAGGUGGUGGAAGCAUUGCUUGGAAACUAUGCAGAGGUGAAUGCAAAGGAUGAUCAAAACUUGACCCCAUUACACAUGGCUGCAGUACUUGGUCAUAAAAAGGUGGUGGAAGCAUUGUUGAGAAAAGGUGCAGAUGUCAAAGCAAGAACUCGAAAAGGGUCAACUCCUUUACACCUUGCUGCACAAAAUGGUCAAAAAGAGGUGGUGGACACAAUGCUUGGGCAGGAAGAUGCUGAAGUUGAUACAAGAGAUGAUGAAAACUUGACCCCAUUACACAUGGCUGCAUUAUUUGGCCAUAAAGAUGUGGCAGAAGCAUUGCUUGGAAAAGGUUCUGAUGUUAAUGCAAGGGAUUAUCUAAACUUGGCCCCAUUACACAAGGCUGCAUUAUUUGGACAUAAAGAGGUGGUGGAAACAUUAUUGCUUGAGAAAUAUGUUGUGGUUGAUGCAAAGGACAACAAAAACUGGACCCCAUUACACAUGGCUGCAAAAGAUGGCCAUAAAGAGGUGGUGGAAGCAUUGCUUGGAAAAGGUGCUGCUGUUGAUGCAAGGAUUGAUAAAAACUGGACCCCAUUACACCUUGCUGCACAAAAUGGUCAUAAAGAGGUGGUGGAAGCAUUACUUGGAAAUGGAGCAGCUGUUGAUGCAAGGGAAAAAAACAACUGGACCCCAUUACACUUGGCUGCACAAAAAGGUCAUAAAGAGGUGGUGGAAGCAUUGCUUAGAAAAGGUGCUGCUGUUGAAGCAAAAGGAGAAAACAACUGGACUCCAUUACACUUUGCUGCACAAAAUGGACAUGGAGAGGUGGUGCAAACAUUAUUGCUUGAGGAAAAUCUUGUGGUUGAUGCAACAAACAACAACAACUGGACCCCAUUACACAUGGCUGCAAAAAAUGGUCAUAAAGAGGUGGUGGAAGCAUUGCUUGGAAAAGGUGCUGCUGUUGAUGCAAGGAUUGAUAAAAACUGGACCCCAUUACACCUUGCUGCACAAAAUGGUCAUAAAGAGGUGGUGGUUAAAGAGGUGGUGGAAGCAUUGCUUGGAUAUGGUGCUGCUGUUGAUGCAAGGGAAGAAAGAAACUCAACCCCAUUACACAUUGCUGCACAAAAUGGCCAUAAAGAGGUGGUGGAAGCAUUGCUUGGAAAACGUGCAGACGUGAAUACAAGAAAUCAGGAAGGUUUAACUCCAUUACACUUGGCUGCAUAUACUGGUCAGAAAGAGGUGGUGGAAGCAUUGCUUCAAAAAGGUGCAGAUGUCGAAGCAAUAAAUCAAAAUGGGUCAACUCCAUUAAAGUUGGCUUUACAAAAUGGUCAUGUAGAGGUGGUGCAAAUAUUGCUUCAAGAAUAUGCUGUGGUUGACUGA